AACAAUAACAGCAGCACUGCACUUGUGCCAUUUGAGUUUUUACCUCAGUUUAUAUGGAUCCUUUCCUAGCAUCAAGUCAGGUAAACUGUAACUCUGCUUUUGUAACAUAUUUACACUCAUGAGAGAAAUUUAGCCACAAGCCAAAUGUUUAAAAAAAAUGACUUUAAAAUGUAUGACUUGUAAUGAGAACCAGGGCAGAUUGUAAGAAGAAACCUUGACAUUACCAAACUGUUGCUGCAAAGCUUCAUUAUCUCGCUUGUAUAAAAGGGGAGUCAUUAGAGUCAUGCUAAAAAUUAUCCAGCUUUGUUUUUUGUAAUAAUGUCCUUGUUCUGUGUAUGUGCCCUGGUUGGUGGCCGUUUCUCCAGUGGGUCAGAGUUGGGUGCAUGCAGCGAGGAACCCGUGAUCUGGUAUUUAUAGUAGAAGAGAUAUAAAUAGCUCCGGUAUACAUGUGGAAGGAAGCCCACUGGCUACACUGUUGUAAAAACUACCGUGGGAGCGCUACCAUUUGGCUGAAGAGCAACUCCUUGUGCAUUUCAGAUGACCACAGAGACUGAAGAUGACUUUUAUCAAUCAGAGGAUGACUUGGACGAGGACGAGGCAACGCAAUACAUAAUUGAACAAAGCCUGAUUCAAUAUAGAAAACUCAAAGGUUUGAAUCCGAGUGAUCAGAAACCCAGCGAAGAUCCCGAUGAGAUUUUCAAAGCAAUCAAGGAGGGCGACGAGGACACGCUGAACAGACUGGCAGAGCAGCCAGAGACUCUGUCCAGAGUUGAUGAGCGAGGAUGGAUCCCCCUGCACCAGGCUGCGGUGCAUCUGAAUAAAAGGAUACUAGAGAUCAUAUUCUCAGCAUCAGCCCCCGGUGCCGCCCAGUGUCGCACUCUCAAGGGCGAGACACCACUGUUUCUCGCUGUGGUCCAUGGACUCAGAGACAAUGCUACAUUCCUGCUGCAGAACGGCUGUAGCCCGGAUCUCCAGAAUGAUGAGCAGGAUUCUCCAUUAGUGGCAGCUAUUCUGAAUGACCAGUAUGACCUGGCCACACUAUUGCUUCGCUACAGGGCCAAAGUAGACCAGACAGGACCACUGAACAGGACGACCCUUCAUGAAUGUGCCUUUCUAGGCUUGGAGAACUUUAUCUAUCUGCUCCUGGAUUCUGGUGCCGACCCAAACGCAUGCGACAUCAAAAAGAAAACUCCACUGGCUCUAGCCGCACAGAAUGGACAUUUGAAUGUGGCAGAGGUCCUUAUACAGAAAGGAGCCCAUGUGUGGUGUGAAUCGGAGUCGGGCACUAUUUUAUUUGAUGCAGCAGCAUCAGGAAACCCUGACAUAAUCUCCUUACUGCUGGGCCAUGGAGCAGAUCCCAACGUACCACUUCACAGUGGGCACCUGCCAAUUCACCGCGUGGCGUACCAUGGACACAGACUGGCACUGGAGCACCUCAUCCCGGCGACUAAACUGGAGGCAGUGAAGGAAAGUGGGAUGAGUCCUCUCCAUUCUGCAGCUGCUGGGGGGCAUGCCCACUGUGUGGAGACACUGCUCAAAGCUGGUUAUGAUCCAAACUUCAUGCUGCACCCGAGGGUGCGCCGCAACUAUGAGGAUGAGCGCAGGUCGGCCCUCUUUUUCGCAGUGUCCAACAAUGAUCUUCAGUGCACCCGCUUGCUGUUGGAGGCUGGGGCGAUGGUGAACCAGGAUCCCAUCAACUGUUUGCAGGUGGCCCUUCGACAGGGCAACUAUGAACUGAUCAACACACUGCUGAAGUUUGGGGCAAAUGUAAACUACUACUCCCGUGUCAACACCACCCACUUCCCCUCAGCACUGCAGCAUGCCUUGAAAGACGAGGUCAUGCUGAGAAUGAUUCUGAACCAUGGAUAUGAUGUUAAACGGUGCUUUGACUGUCCCUAUGGUGACAGCUCCCAUGAUUAUGCUCCCUGGUCUUCCUCAGUCAUCAAAGACAUGGUGUUCUGUGAGGUGAUAACCGUGUCCUGGCUUAAGCACUUAUCUGCUCAGGUGGUGCGCAUCAUGCUCGACUACACCGACCAUGUGUCCUUCUGCACCAAACUGAAGGAAACCUUGGAGGAGCAGAAACAGUGGCCAGAGAUCUUUCACAUUCAAAGAAACGCUCGGAGCCUGAAGCACCUGUGUCGGCUGCGGAUAAGGGAGCAUCUCAGACGCCUGCGCCUGAGAUCCCCGGUUUUUAUCAACUUCCUUCCUCUUCCUCCCAGGCUGAAAGAUUACCUACGCUUCAAAGAGUUUGAUGUCUACAGCAGGGGCAGCAUGGUGAAUCCCUUGUAAAAAACACAUCCUACAGUUGUCACUUGAAAGAGGGACAAAGCCAGCCUCUUGUUUGCCUUGUUAUUUCUUGUGCCUGGUAAAAGAAUUUGUACAGAACCAUCCUAGAUGUAGCUACAGUGACAUUAUAACUCUGAUAUAGUGAUAUUAUUACUAUCAUUGUUAUUACAAUUAUUUUACACUCAGAGUCUUAUUGUAAAUACUAAAUUCUCCAAUGUGAAAUAAUCGAUUCAUUGAUUGAUUGUAUGAAAAAGGAUACAUGAAAGCACAAAACCAGCUUGAAAAUUAAAAAAAAAUAAUUCUUUUGUCAAGUGAGAUGGAAGAAAGGAUGAAUUUCUGCCUAUUUGUCUUCACCUGGUGGUAUAAUUAAGUAUUACAAGUUGGUGUUUUAUGGAUUUUAUAAUUUGCAUCGUGUAUGUAUCUUGUCAGCUUCUUGCCGUCUCCGUGUGUGGAGUAAAAGUGUGGUGAAAUAAAAGGUCUAAAAUAUG